UUUUUUUUUUUUCUUUUCAUACUCUUUCUAAGGGUUUCCAAGGCACGGAUAUAAAGGACAGAUCCCCAAAGGAUGAAGUCAGGUUCCAAUCAGAGGAACCAGCCAGCCUGCCUCUCCCCACCUCUCCCCCUGCCUCUGCUGCUGCUGCUCCUGUAACCAAACUGACUGGGGAUACGCCGCAGUUGGAUGUGUUUUUCAAAAAGCUCAGCAGCCUGUUUAAUUUGUCAUCAAAGUCUGAUUCGGAGGAUCCCAAGAGCUCUGCUCAGCAGGGGGCUGGCGCGACACAAGACGCCGAUCAAAACCUGAAAGGGAUGCCAUCAGAGGGACAGCAGAAUGGAACAGUGAGGGACCCUGGUGAGAAGCUGGCAGCAGCAGAGAGCAAGUCCCAGGAGGAGUCAGGGGGUCAAAGAGUGGAGGAAGCACAGGACCAGCUGGGAACUGACAAAGAGGCAGCAGCUCAGCAAAGCCCAAUCCAGCCUUCACCUGGAUUGCAUGAACCAAACAAACAGAACCACUGCCCUUCACACUCCAUGCAGGAUCAAAGCUACAGCAAUGGCAAUCAUUUAAUAUCUGUUGAAGCAGCUGUUGAAGAGCCAACCUCCAGCCACGAUCUGUCUUGUCCGCCUAACGUCACCUAUGCAACUUAUCGGGGCAUGAGAAAGAUGAAAAAGCUGAUGAGGAAACAGCAGCCCCAAGUGGCGUCUCCUAUACCGGAAGGGUUGGAAGAUGGCAUCAUUCAGAGCAUGAACAGCGAGCACACGUGCAUCUCAGGAACUGCUGGAGAGGCGAGCAGCUUCCAGCUAAACGGACAGACAAAUGUGGAGAACCCAGGGACAGCAUCUCCUCAUGCCAGGCUAGGGUCAGAACCAGAGGACGAUAGCAAUAUGGACAGCCAUCCUGAGGGACCAGUCACCCCUUUGAAACAAAACGGAGCAUGCAUUGACACGGACCCUCAUAAUCAACCACGUCCAGGACUACACGAGAGCAAGCAAAAGAAACUGCCAGUUAACGAACAGCUUGCCAAGCAGCUCACCUCAGCGGACAGGUAUAUGAACUCUGAUUCCAGCAGCGCUUCAGCCUCCUUAGUAGCUGUAGUUAAGGAAGGGCAUGAUAUGCACUUGUCCUCAGAAGGCGUGCUAUUACCAGCCACUAAUGAGACCCAAAGGGAUGUUGCAGGUAACUCCGACGAGGAAACUGCCAAGCCGAUGUCAGGGAUUUUCAACGAGGCAACAGAUGGACAAACUGAGCAAGCAGAAAUUCUAUCCCACCCAAAGGACAUCGCCGGGUCACUUACAGAGGCCAACGCUGUGCUCCACAGCCAAGCUGAACGACUCCAGGGAAUUGAACACACAUACCAACCUGCUGCUCACAGCAUGUCCAUAGCUUCUCCUGGUUACCAGAACAGCCCAGUGUUUCAGUAUUAUAUUUCAUUAACCGAAGCUCAGGAAACCAACAGUAAGGAAAUCCUAAUACCAGGUGUGAGGUCUGUUGAAACUGUGGGACAAGAACAGUGUGCUCUAAAGGAAAGUGAAAGUAAGCUGACCCCAGGAGGGAAGCAAGAAACAGCAGAGGCAGAUAUUCAUAUACAUGCCUUGCAAUCAGAGUCAAGGCAAAUGGUUGAAAAUAUUCUGAGGAACGCCUGUGCAGCUCUCCAGAAACUAGACGCCUCUGAAUCCGAGAAUGUAGAUCUGCUGAGUGGUAAUUCAGAGGGUUUAAGUAGUAUACUGAAAUCAUCUGAACCAAGAGGCCAAAGUAUAGAGACUCCAACAGGGAAUAUAAACGAAAGCAAUCUCAGACUGGACUUGAACUCAGCAGCGUCACCUACUCAAACAAAUACACCAUCUACAUCCAGCAUGCCAACAGAAAUGAAACAAACUAUGGUGUGUUCACAUUAUGAAUCCCUGCUUGAUUCAGACAGUCACACUAAGCCCAGCAUUACUGUAUGUGUGGAAUCUGCCUUGUAUAGGUAUCACCAAAGCUCUGUUGAAUCUAGUCAUAGUGAAAGGCAAGCGGAUAACUUCACUCAGAACAGCAAACCAAUGACAUCCAGUUCUGAAAGAGUUAACACUGGUAUAACAUUAAGGCAGGACACUGUAAAAGAAGAGCAACCAGUCAGUGUGUCAUUUAAAGACAACGAAGAUAAAUUACACGCAACUGAGACAGAAAUAAACAGGGAUUUCAAUGCAGCUAUAUCCAGAAAAGCCACAGAAAUAGUUAAUGAAGUUUUCCAGUUAGCCAAAGUCACUGUGUCCAGUGAGCAACAUAGCCACUGUUUGACUAAAGUCACUCAAAUUGAAACUGUGGACAUGCCACAGAGGUUUCCCAUAGAGGAAAUCCAUUCAGUUGUGUCAACUAAUGCGAAGGAACAUCCAGGUCAAGUUAUUGAUGUUGCUCAAGAAGUUAGUGGACCUUUUACAACUGAAGUCCAAACAAGAGAGCUUAAUGGCAUGACCAAGCUGAAAAAUUCCCUCAAUACCGAGACAGCUUUAAUACCGAAGGCUAGUCUAGUUGAAGAACUAAUUCUUUCAGUUCCACAGGAAUGUUCCCAGAAAUCUGACACAGCUGACGUUAGCUACGAUGACCCAAAAACAACAAAUGACAUCACUGAAAAUAAAAUCACAUUGACUUCUGACCAGUGUGAUGGAACCAACACUGAAACACCCUCGAAAUGUCUCAAGGAUGCCUGGCAAGCAGAAGAAGCCGGUGACAGGUCUACAAAACCCCAGGAUUUCCAUGAGGACUUUCAUAGAGAUGGAGAAGAUGAUCAGCCUUUUGUUUUAGUUAGGAGUUAUUUAGUUUCUGUCUUAGAAGGCGAGUCAGACCUGGGCUAUUCUGAUAGUGUUCUUAGCACACAUCCAGGAUUUGCUGAACAGGAACUUGUCUCCAGCAGUGAGCAGCCUGUUAUUAACCUGCAUGUGUAUGAUGAGCAGGAAUCUCAUGAGAAUGAAGUCGACGGCAGCUUUGCUGUCAUUAGUGAGGAAGAUGAGGCAGAAGCAUCUGGCUAUGAGCACGAUAUGCUGCUCGGUCAAAACUUCAGGAGGAAACAACUAUAUCCUUAUUCUUUAUCUCCAAUAUUCGAGGAGGAGACUUCGAUAGAGGAUACAAAUAUGGAGGACCAUCCAGAAAACGAGGGGGAGCUAAUAAAGAGCGCUGAAGACCAAGCCCUAUCCGUCCUCUCUCUCCUACAGUCAGUAAGCGAGAGGCUUAAGCUAAGCAGUUUAUCGAAUGGAGAUGAGGACUGUUUCGAAGAACCAUCUCGGGCUGAGGUGGAUUCUCCUUCUGAGGAUUCCAGCACGGAGAGGGAUGACAAUGCAAUUCAGACAAGCGAGGAAGACCAAAUCGCACAGACGAAAAAAACACUCCUUGAGGAAACCUGCAAUGACGGUACAGCAUUGAUUGAGACUGCUGGGCCACUCGUUAGGGUGAAAGAAAAUAACUCGACAGAGCCACUGGUGAGUGCAAACAAAGGAGUAUCCCUGAACACCCAGGACACAUCAAGAUCCCUAGAAAUUCCUUUUAGAGCUUCUGCUGCCAAAGUUAGCCCGCUAUAUCAGUAUUUACAAGCAAUUCCAUCGAUCCCUAAACAGCAAGAAGCCCAACUAUCCACUGUAAAAGAAGAUGUUUCAAACAGCAUGGCAUCUGAUCCGAAACCUGGAGGCACGCCAACAGGCCUGAUUGAUACAAGGAAUUUGAAGAUCAACCCAAGACCGGGUAAAGUAGGUUGGAUUUUCAACAUACUUCUUUGGUUUACCAGAGUCAAGGCUGUGGCUGAAAGUUUUGCAUAGCAGAACUGCAAGGAGGUUUGAGAAGUGGUAUUGGAGGUCAGCGGUGUGUUCUGCUGAGAUUUGUUCAUCUCACAUUGCUUUGGUAGCUCUUCAUGCUCCAAGGUCACGUUAAUCUCCCAUGUAUUUUAUUUUUCAACCAGUAAGAUGUAUAGUACACAUCCUGGCCAUACUGCUGUCAGAGUAUGGAUUUUGGAGUUUGGACUGAAAACAUUAGCGAGGGACCAAACCCCCUAAAAUUAUGCCAGUUCGUUAUGUCAGAGUAAAAUGAUAACAAUUAUGUAAACUUUCAUCCAGAUUUUCAAGGGUGCUAAACCAAUGCAUAUAAUAAUGUCUCCAUGCAAACAAGUAAAUGCUAACAGA